GCCCUGGUAGGAAGCUCCAUUCUUGCCCUCCUCCACCCCAACCCCUGAGCAGCCGCCAUUUCCUCCACAUCUAGCACCCAGCUUCGCUAUCCCGACAUUCCUUCGCCCUGCUGCGUCUCCCUCCUCCCAUCCUCGUCCGUAGUCGGCGUUCGCCUACUUUCGCAAAUCCUUGUUUUACAUUCCGUCGUUCAAUUUUGUGAAAUUCCCCAGCAAUGGCUGCACCGGUCGCCAAGGCGGAUCUGACGGUGACGGCGGAGAAUGUCGGCGCGGCCGGCGAGUCGAAGGUGCUUCAGGCCAUUCGGUACUCCCGAGGGAAGCUGGAGCUGCUGGACCAGCGGAAGCUUCCGCACGAAUCCAUCUACCUGGACAUCCCCAACACCGAAGCUGCCUGGCACGCCAUCAAGGACAUGGUGGUGCGGGGAGCGCCGGCCAUAGCGAUCGCAGCAGCGCUGGCGCUGGCAGUGGAGGUGCACCAGCACGAGGUGUUCCAGACCGCGGAUGAGGCCGUCAAGCACAUCACCGACCGCUUGGAUUACCUCGUCUCCAGUCGCCCCACGGCGGUGAACCUGUCGGACGCAGCGGAGAAGCUCAAGAAGGUGGCGCAGGAGGCAGCCAAGGAGGAGCCCACGCCCGAAGCUGUCGCGCUGGCAACGGUGCUGGCGGCCGGAGGCGAUGCUGAGUGACGACGUGGCGGCCAACAAGCGCAUCGGGGCGUUUGGAGCACAGGGCUGUGGUGGAGGCGCUCAGACAGAAGGGCUGGCGGGCAAGAACCUGAGGGUGCUCACCCCUGGCAGGAACACGGCAGUCUUGCGACAGCUGCCUACGGCACGGCACUGGGAGUAAUUCGGUCCCUGCAUGCGCAGGGCCUGCUGGAAACAGCAGUGUGCACGGAGACACGCCCCUACAACCAGGGCUCGCGCCUCACGGCCUUUGAGCUCACCCACGACGGCAUCCCCGCGCUGCUCAUCGCUGACUCCGCCGCCGCUUCCCUCAAGGCCGCUGGCCGGAUUGAUGCUGUCGUGGUGGGCGCGGACCGCAUCGCUGCUAAAUGGCGACACGGCAAACAAGAUCGGCACGUACUCGCUGGCCCUCUCCGCCUUCCACCACAAGACACCGUUCUUCGUGGCGGGCGCCGCUCACGUCCAUCGAUGCGGCCAUUAAGACGGGCGAGGAGAUCGUGGUGGAGGAGAGGCACUCCGCCGAGCUCACGCACUCUCUUGGGGGUGCUGGGCCUCAGGUGGCGCCGCACGGCAUUGACGUGUGGAACCCGGCGUUUGACAUCACGCCUGCGCAGUUCAUCACGGGGCUCAUCACCGACAAGGGAGUCAUCUGGAAGAAGGAGGGCGCCUCGGUCUUUGACAUCCGCGGCUUCCUCCACUCCCUCGGCGCGCCCGUGCCCUCCUCGCCCAUGUACCCGCCCCCUGGCGGCAACCCGCCUCCCAAGGAGGACGACGCGCAGCUGCACGUGGACCCGCACAAGGACCGCAUCCGCAAGGACGCCCUCGAGGCGUCCCGCUUCACGCCCGUCAGCGAGCACACCGUGCCCGCCUUCCUCCAGGACCACCCGGACCUCGCCGCCAGGCUCGGCGGCGGCCCAGCGGACUGGAGUGUGCGGGAGGUGGGGGACGGGAACAUCAACUUUGUGUACAUCGUGGAGGGGCCUGAGGGCGCCCUGGUGGUGAAGCAAGCCCUGCCUUACGUGCGCGUCGUUGGAGAGUCCUGGCCCAUGACUCUGGACCGUAUCUACUACGAGGCGCUGGCUUUGAGGCAGCAGUUUGCGUUUGUGCCGGAGCUGGUGCCCGAGGUGUACUUCUUCAGCCACCCCAUGGCCGUCAUCGCCAUGCGCUACGUGGCGCCGCCUGCCAUCGUGCUGAGGAAGGGGCUGGUGCAGGGGAAGGUGUAUCCGCGGUUGGCGGAGCACAUGUCGUCGUUUCUGGCGCGUACGCUGUUGCUCUCCUCACUCAUCGCCAUCAACACCGAGGUGUACCGCGAUAAAGUGCGGGAGUUCUGUGGCAACGUGGAGAUGUGCCGCCUGACGGAGCAGGUGAUAUUCACGGAGCCCUACGUGCUGGCCACCAACAACAGGUGGACCACACCGCAGCUCGAUGCCGACGCUGCAGCACUCAGAGAGGACGUGCCACUCAAGCUCGCCAUCACUGACCUCAAGACCAAGUUCUGUGAGCGGGCGCAGGCGCUGCUGCAUGCUGAUCUCCACACGGGCUCAAUCAUGGUCACAGAGGAUUCGACGGUCGUGAUCGAUCCGGAGUUUGCGUUCUACGGUCCGAUGGGGUUCGACAUCGGGGCCUUCCUGGGCAAUCUGCUGCUGGCCUACUUCAGCCAGGACGGCCACGCCACCGCUGCUGACUCCCGUGCUGAGGCCAAGCGGUGGAUCCUGCAGUGCUUUGUGGAGACGUGGCAGCUAUUUGAGACCAAGUUCCUGGCGCUGUGGGACGACAAGGCUGUGGCCAAGGGCGACGCCUACCCCCAGGCGCUCUACCACGAUGCCCCCGCUCUGCUGUCCGUUGCCCAGACUGCUUUCCUGCGGGAUGUCUUCCUUGACUCGCUGGGAUUCGCCGGUGCCAAGAUGAUCAGGCGCAUUGUGGGCAUUGCCCAUGUGGAGGACCUGGAGUCCAUUGCCGACCCUGAUGUCAGGGCUGCAUGUGAGCGCAAGGCUCUCAAUUUUGGGAAGCGCCUCGUCAAGGAAAGGCAACAGUUCAAGAGCAUUUCGGAGGUGGCUGUGGCUGUGGAGGCUAGCGUGUAACAAUAAUCGAGCCUAGUUGCGGAUUAUUCGUGAUAAUGGGACUUAUUAGAUAUGUCACGCUUUGUUAUAGAAUGCCAUGUCAUAAAAAAGAACUGCCAAGUGAAUUGUAUCGACAUGU